UUGCUCGAAUCCAGUUACAUUCAAGCGAUAGUUAAAGUGAAAUCAUGAAGUGUGCUUUUGUGUUGUUCUUGGUUUCGUGUGCCUUGGUGGCCCAAACAUAUGCUGGCAAUAACUACGAAUGGGGCCAGAAGGGCAAUAAUGAUUGGCUUAUUGCCGAGGACACCGUACAAAAAGCGUUUAUUGUGGGAAUAAGUGUUAGCAAAAAAUAUGUAUUUAAACAGAAAGACUCAAACAACGCCUACACAAUCACUGCCAUUGUGAUCACAGACAAAAACUCUAAGAAUGGCACUACAGCUGAGCUAUUGAGCGGAGGUCCCGGCUCUAAAGGUGCCACAAUUCAAUUCAAAUCAGGCAAGGGCGCAGGCAUUAAGGAUGUAGUUAAAAUAUAUGCACGUUAUUAAUUUAUAAUCUAUAAUUAACAUAA